GCGCCGUGGCCGCGGGCGGAAGCGGCGUCCCGGCCCCGCGGGUUCCCGUCCGCCCGCGCCCGGCGGCGGGGCCGGAGCGGCGCCGAGAGCGGCGGAGGGGGGAGAGCGGCGGCGGCGGGGCCGCGCGGGACAUGGGCCCGCCGCGGGGGUGAGCAGCGCCGCCCGCCAUGAGCUGCACCAUCGAUAAGAUCCUGACGGACGCGCGGACGCUGCUGGAGCGGCUGAAGGAUCACGACACGGCGGCCGAGUCGCUCAUCGACCAGUCGGCCGUGCUGCACCGGCGCGUGGCCGCCAUGCGGGAAGCGGGCGCGGGCUGCGCCGAGCAGGGCCCGGGCCCCGCGGCGGAGCGAGCCGAUCCGUCCCGGCUGCGGCCGCACGUGCUGCUGGCGCAGGAGAACACGCAGAUCCGCGACCUGCAGCAGGAGAACCGGGAGCUGUGGGUCUCACUGGAGGAGCACCAGGACGCGCUGGAACUCAUCAUGAGCAAGUACAGGAAGCAGAUGUUGCAGCUGCUGGAAGGGAGAAAACGUGAAGAGGCAGAGCCAGUCUUGAAAGUCCAUCAGGCUAAUUCUGGGGAAAUUGAAAGUCAAAUAGACAGAAUAUGUGAGAUGGGAGAGGUGAUGAGAAAAGCUGUUCAAGUGGAUGAUGAGCAGUUCUUUAAAGUUCAGGAGAAACUGGCUCAGUUGGAGCUUGAAAACAAAGAGCUGCGUGAGCUGCUGUUGAUCAGCAAGGAGUCCUUCGAGGUGGGGAGAGAAGAUCUGCCAGACUGUGAAGCCUAGGCCACACAAACCUCAUCUCCAAGCCUUCAGGGACUGUUAUGAAACUACCUGACAAGGAUUUGUUGUUUCAGGUGUUUCCUUGUAUAUUUGUUUUGUCUUUAAAGUUGUGGGCUGUUUUCUCUGCAUUUUUCUGAAGUGUUGAUGGCAAAAGCUUGCACCCUGCUCUGUCUUAGUACCUGCAGCUCUCAGAUGCUUAACUCUGAAGUUUUUGAUGUAUCCUCCCUUGUGAUGGCUCAUUUCCUCUCCCUUUGUUAUUUUUUAUGAGCUUUAGUUAGUAAUUCCAGCUGUGCAGAUGGCUCUUAAAUCCACCUUGUCUGUAGCUAGAGAACAUAAUGCAGGUUGUGAUUAUUGUGCUUGGUAGGAGGAGCAGGAGAUGACUGAGAAACCAGUGUGGGAGGCAGGGAUGUGUUUGCUCUAGCUGCACGGGGCAGCUGGGCUCUGCAGAGUGAGUGACCCGCAGUGUCUGGCUGGCCUGACUUUGUCACCUGGCCACUGCUGAGAGCAGCAGAUGCCAGCAGAGCACUUGAAGGAGUCACUCCUAUUCAGAACAAACUUUACCUUGUUUUAGGGGUGAAGAUUGGGGUUAAGGACCCUUUCUAACGCACACUUUUUUGAAGGAUUCCUCUUUUUUGAUUGAUAGACCUGUCCCAGCCUUCCCAGUGCUCCCAGUUAGCAGCCAGCCCUGCUCUGUCGGUGUGCUCAGAGCCUGCCAGGGCACAGCACCUGCAGAUCAAAGCUCUUUGGCCUCCCACAAAUUUAGGUUCGGGCAGAGGGAGCUUAGGUCUGCCUCAAAACCAAACCAAACCUCCCACAUACACAGAAUUUUAAUGUCACAUAGCAGGUGACUCUGGUGUUCCAUAGUUACUGCAGGUCCUGUAUUGAGUGGAAUUAGAGGUGCAGUGUUGUAGGAGUUUCUCAGUACUGUGGGAUUUUUAAAGACACUUUUAUAUAAAAGAUUUCUGUCCUACCCGCGAUCAAAGAAUAAUCUUCCAAGAAUGGUAAACAUCUCAUUUCCACUAUUUGCUUAAAUUUUUAAUGCCACUUUUUCCCAAGUGAGACUUUUGAUAGAUGCAGAACGUGACUCGUUCCUGUGCUUACUGAGAGACAGUAAACGCUGGAGACAUUGUGAAUAUUUGGAAUACCCAGCAAGACUGGUAGAUAUAAGGGAUUUCUGUACAGGAGUGCUCUUGUAUACAAUCCUUUUCUAUUAGAAAUUGUUCAGGAGGGAAUAAAAAACCCAAUGGGAAAAA